GUUCAUUUAUUACAUAACAAGUAAGUUUCGCUUGGGUGUACUGCUGUGUUAUUUAUAUAAUGUGUCUUUGUUCGUUGUUCGUGGUUCCUUUUUACUAUUUGCAAAUUAUUUCUUUCUUUAUGUUAUGUGACGUGUGAGUUUACUAUUUUUUUAAUAUUAAUAAUGGAGUGCUCGAGUUUGUUAUCUACUGAAAAAAUUCUUUCUAAUAACUGUUCCGACCACAGUAACUUGCCUGGUAAAGAUAGCUUUGAAAUCAACAAAAUAAAACAUUUAAUAAAUGAACUCGAAAACAACCAACAGGAUAAUUUGGCUGCAUAUGUUAGAGCUUUCGACUUAGUUUUUCUUCAAUCAUUUCAUCUAAAUUUUAAAUGUCUUGAAUUCUUUAUUGAAAACCUUAUAAAACAAGCAAGAGAUCUUUUAUUUAAAACGGAAUUAAAUGUUUGUCAUUUUAUUUGUCAAUUCUGUGGUGAUAUACUUAGAGAUCCUGUAACUUUUAAGUGUGGACACACAUUUUCUAGAAAAUGUAUUAAUUUGAAAUUAGGAAAGGGCAGCUUCCAGUGUGUUGAAUGCCUUGACAAGUAUAGUCAUUCAAAUGUGGUACAGCUUAAAAAUAAUGUCAUCAUCACUAAAUUCAUUCAGAAGAUCUGGAAAGAACAGGAAAAUGCUACCAACAAAAGUAGUUCUAGCCUUGAAAGUAAAUGUUAUUUAUAUGCUAACUUUCUCAGUAUUAUUAAUUGUGGUUUAGAUUUACAAACUUGUAUCACAUUUAAGGAAAAUCCUUCUCCAAAGAAAUUUCUUGUGAAAGCUUAUUUACUAGUCAAUCUUGGAAGAUAUGAGGAAGCAAUAUAUUUAUUUCUAAUUUAUUCAGUUUUAGUUCCUGAUGUUAGGUGUGCUAAGAAGGAAGCCACAGAACUUCUAUAUCGGUUAUUAUUGUUAAGAUAUCCUGUCAAGACUAACUUUUGCUCUAAUGUUCCUCUUUCAAGUAGAAGAUGUGUGCCAGAAGAUAGUUGUAAGAGUUUAGAAAAAAAUGGUACCUCGAUGCUUACUGAAUCAGUAAAUAAACACAGCUUGUCUCUAUUAAUUGAAAGGUUUUGUAACACUAUUAACGACCUAUCAGAGAUGAAAUUUCUCCAACCUAAUAGUGUGCUUAAAAAUCAGGAUUUUGAGUGUUCUUUGUGUUUACAAACUUUUUUAGAGCCUAUCACGACAUCAUGUGGUCACACUUUUUGCCGACGAUGCUUACUCCGUUGGUUUGAUCAUAAACCUUCCUGUCCUCUCUGCAAAUCUCAUCUGAAUAGUUAUAUUACGGAGUAUAAAAAAGGUACUACAAAAUUUGUGCUAGGGUUGCAGAAACAAUUGUUUCCUGAUGUCUAUGCGGAGCGAGAAUCAUUACAUUUUAAAGAAAUGGCUAAGCUUUUUCAUUCUGAUAAACAGCACCAACAUGUUCUUCCGCUUUUUAUCUGCACAUUAGCCUUUCCUAGUUUGCCGUGUCCACUUCAUGUGUUUGAACCGCGUUAUAAAUUAAUGAUAAGGCAUUGUUUAGAAGCUGGAAGAUCUAGAUUUGGAAUGUGUGCUUCGAUCGAUAAUAAAAUCUCAGAAUAUGGUACUGUUCUUGAAAUUAAAGAGGUUUCUUUUUUCCCUGAUGGAAGGUCAGUUGUUUACACAGUAGGGGUGAAACGUUUCCGUGUUUUAAGCAAAGAAGAACAUGAUAGCUAUCCAAUCGCUAUGGUUGAAUUCUUACAGGAUGAAAAUUUUUUUGUUUCUGAAAAUUAUAAAGAUAGACACAAUAGUUUGUAUACUACUGCUGCAGGAUGGUUUGCAGGAUUAUCACAAGCAAUGAAAUCCCAGGUAUUGCAGCAUUUUGGACCUAUGCCAGAAUUACAAGUAACGACUGCUGAAGGUCCAUCCUGGUUUUGGUGGGUACUAGCAAUACUGCCUUUGGAUCAGAAAAUUAAAGUUCAGAUUCUAGCUAUGACAUCUUUAGAGCAUAGACUCAGAGCUCUUGAAAGAUUUUUUUUAUGCAUUGAACCUUCUACUUUUUAUUAAUCAAUUAUUGUAUUUGUUUUAAAUUGAUAAAAUUUAUUUUCAUAUUUAUGUUUAAAAAAUACUUUGAUGUGCAUUUUUGUAUGGAUAUUUUUUAUAUAAUCUCUUUAUGUGAUGCAAUUUUCUGAGUGGUGAUAUUUAUAAUUGAGUAAAAAAAAAUCUUGAAAUGGUUCAUUUUAUUUACUCUUUUUGCUAGCAAAUGGCUUUAUUUUAUCAAAAAAGAGCAAGUUAAUUAAAUAUGUUGCAUUUAAAAGAUGGUGUUAUUUUUCUAGGAUUAAAUUUAAAUACCAAACUGACACACAUUCCCCUAGCAGAACUUCCAGAUUUUAAGAAACUUUACAAGUGACUUUUCUGAUUAUAUUAUAUUUUCUUAUGUAAAAAUUAAAAAUAGUUCUUUUAUAUAGGGUGGGUAUUUUAUGGAUGGAAAGGAAAAUGAUCAGAAACUUUUACUUUGCCUUAGGGCCCAUUCUUAUUAUCCGAUAAUAAUUCAUUAAUUAAUUUUUUAGUUUACUUAAAUAUUUAGAAAAUAAAUAGGUACAGUAGAAUAUUAUUUGGAUCUUUUAGUUAUACUUAUAAAAUUAUCAUUUUUAAAUUAUUAUUUUUUAUAAUAAUAGGAAAGUCUACAUCAAUUGUUAACAAUUACGCAGGGCUGAUUGUGCUCCGGAAAAGAUCCGGAUUUCUGGAUUUUUUGGUAAUUGUGAUCCGGAAGUUUCCGAAGAUCGAGGGUUCA